CUUACAGACUUACAGCCUUACAGCCUUACAGACUUACAGCAGCGUGUCUUGUAAUAAGGUCUCGGCAUGGCAGCGAACAAGAAUGCUAUUAUCGCACAGUGAGUGCAUUGGCGCAGGAUGUCGAGAAGCAAUAUUUUUUAAGGAAAAGUACGCGAGAAGCUCUGGUCGAUUUCACCGUAAUCGAUCGAUCUCGAUUGCCGUGAACUUUGCCGAUUUCUUGUUUCCUUCUGCUGAAGUUUUUCAAAAUAGGAUGGAUAAAAAAUACGAAGAGGAACAAUAUUGGAUCUUCACAAUGGGCACUACUAAAAGGAUAUGUCGUGAUGAUAACAGCAAAUGGAAUAACACACGUUUUCGAACUCAUCGACCCAUAUUAAAUGAUAAAGUUCCCGACGUGACCGAACAAAUGGAAGCUAGUAGAAAAAUUUUACAAUUGGUUACGGAUUUCAACUAUUCGUUGACGCAGAUCAAUGGACAGAGAAAAUUUGGACCACCAUUAGAUUGGACCGGUCCAGCGCCUGGUCCUGGAUGCGAGAUCUUCGUAGGGAAAAUUCCAAGAACACUUUACGAACACGAUAUUUAUCCGAUCUUUAGUUCGGUCGGAAGUAUCUAUGAAAUUCGUUUAAUGAUGGAUUUCUCAGGAAGAAAUCGAGGUUAUUGUUUCAUAAUGUAUACUAAGCCAGAAGAUGCAUCUCGUGCCGUUAAGGAGCUUAAUCGUUAUGAGAUAUGUCGUGGUCAUAAAAUCGGCGUCGUCACUAGUAUUAAUCAUUGUCGAUUACAUAUCAAACAAUUGCCAUUGGAUAUCGAAGCUGAGACGGUUGUCAAGCGAAUUUACGAGAUCACCGACGACGUUAACGAAGUAGCAGUCUAUCGUGACACCAAUGGAUCCGAAUGUUACGCAUUAAUAUGCUACAAAACUCAUAGAGGUGCCGCGAUGGGUAGAAGACGAUUAGUACCCGAAGCAGCAACUCUUUUUCCUGGUGGUAAAAUUAUCAUCGAUUGGGCACAUCCUAAUCUCUAUCCGUCGGACGUGUUGGAGGAGAGUGGUACUUGCGACCAGGAUGGCAACGUUACGUUGACGAAGACCUUCAUUCGUUCCACAGAGAUGAAACCAAUGUCGGCUCGAAAUUUCUCAAAAAUAGAAUAUGGAUUAACUCGUGACAUAAUCGAGAACAACGCUACAAAUAAUUUGGGAAAGCUUUAUAAAUCUUUGCCACCGAUUUCAUCGACUGCACAACUUACUCGAUCGAGAAGUUUACCUUCGAAUUUUGAUCAAUCCAUCUCUUCGACGUUCGAGCGAUCCAGCGUGCAAAAUCAUCGAAAAACAAAAAGAUUCAACGAACUGAAUCAAUGCAAUUGGAAUGCGUCAAGAACUCACCAAAACAACGCAGCUAUGGGACUUAAUUAUACAAAAAAAGUCAACAAUAUUAUACCGAGAUUGUAUGGUUUUACGAAGUUUAAAAGUAACAGAAAAUCAAAUCUUUUGGCAAAGCACAUCGAAGAAUCGAAAGAGUCCAGUUGUCAAGUAGGAGGAAAAAUCGUACCUAAUCCUUGUCAGCGACAUGUAUUCAUCAAAGGUAACUUCGAUUUAGGAGUACAGCAUCAUCCAUCUUCGAAUCUGUAUAUCCCAGAAAAAACAAAUUUCUCGAAAACAGAAAUUUCAAAGGAUUCUCUAUCUUCGAAUUUCAAUUCUUUCGCUUUGCCGUUUUUACAACAGAAUAGUCGAGUUUGUAGCAAUAAUAUUUCAAGCCAUUGUAAUAUCGAAGAAUCAUCUUCUAGUAAAAAUCCAAUGUUUAACGAUCCAACUAACAUCGAUGAUCCUAAUGAGAGAGAUGUUACUCUAAGAUGGAAGGAGAGAGGAAAGACUCUGUUUCAGUCGCAGGAAAGAUUGUGGCAAAACGGAUUUGUUCAAUCCAAUCCAUUUUAUCAAGUGAACGGCAUAUUACAAUCUUAUUCCAAUUUGGCCAAUAAUUUUCAUGAAAACAAUUCACCGAUGACUUUGAACCGUCAGGAUCAAAAUAAUCCUUUUUAUUUUUCCAUGCAUGUACCAAAAAUGCCAAUUCGAAUCUGUCCGGAACAACAAAUGUUUCAAGGUUUCAAUAUAAAUAAUUUUCAGAAUUUUAAUCAGAAUCGAUUGUUAGGUGAUAAUUGUUCACAGAAAAUCGUUUACGAAAAUUUUAUACCUGCCAAUAUGACGGACACCAACGCAUGUUAUUCUCUUUGGCCGGUUAGUCGAUUCGAUCAAGAAACCAAUAAUUGUACAAAUCUUGUUAAUAAUCUUUUUUUAUCAUCGGCGGCAUCACCGGAUUGUCAGUCGCAAAAUCGAUUGUCUUCGGAAUUCCAUUUGAAGGACAACGUUUUUGAAUUUAAGUAUUCUCAGGGCAGACCUAUUCUUAACAGAACAUUUGUAAAUGAUGAUUAUUAAUAUUAAUAGCAUCGUUUAUUUCCUUUUUUUUUUUUUUUAAUUUCUUACUCUAUUUCUAAUUAGUUUAAUCGUUGUUAGCAUAUAACUUAUAGUGCUAUGUUAAAAUCUCACAGUGUCAAAACUUUAAUAAGACUUCCAUAAUGGCGUUAAGUAACGAAUCAAUAAUUAUCACUGGAUAACAAAAAUGAAUGUGAUUCAACAGUAUUGCUUUUA